UGUUCCGAGCGCGCACACUUCUCGGCCGGACGGAGGACGCCGCCAGCUCCUGGCCGCCCCUGUGCUCGCCUGCGGCGGCAGCUCGGCCCACCGUCCCCGGCCCGGCACCGCGUCGCGCCCGCGUCCGAGGGCAGAACUCCAGCCCCCAGGAGCCUCCCGGCCGUCGGCGGACCCAGCGGCCCCGCCGCCGGCACGCUCGGCGCCCUGCUCGCGGGGCACAGGGGAGGGCGGCGGCUGGCUGGUGAUGGGCGGCCCGGCGACGCGGAGGGGCGCCGGGGGGCUCCGCGCGCUGCUCCUGGCGCUGGUGGCCGCGGGGAGUCCCGCGGGCGCCUACAAUCUGGACCCGCAGCGCCCCGUGCGCUUCCAGGGUCCCGCCGGGUCCUUUUUCGGCUACGCGGUGCUGGAGCACUUCCACGACAACACGCGCUGGGUCCUUGUGGGUGCACCAAAGGCGGAUUCCAAGUACAGCACUUCAGUGAAGUCCCCUGGGGCUGUGUUUAAGUGCCGCGUCCACACCAACCCUGACCGGAGAUGCACCGAACUGGACAUGGCUCGAGGGAAGAAUCGGGGCAUGCCCUGUGGAAAGACCUGCCGGGAAGACAGAGAUGAUGAGUGGAUGGGGGUGAGCCUGGCCCGGCAGCCCAAGGCUGAUGGCCGCGUGCUGGCCUGUGCCCACCGCUGGAAGAACAUCUACUACGAAACAGACCACAUCCUGCCCCAUGGCUUCUGUUACAUCAUUCCAUCCAACCUCCAGGCCCCAGGCAGGACGCUGAUCCCUUGCUAUGAAGAGUAUAAGAAGAAGUAUGGAGAGGAACACGGCUCCUGCCAGGCUGGGAUAGCGGGCUUCUUCACUGAGGAGCUGGUUGUGAUGGGUGCCCCAGGGUCAUUUUAUUGGGCUGGGACGGUCAAAGUGCUGAACCUCACAGACAACACCUAUUUCAAACUAAAUGAUGAAGUGAUCAUGAACAGGAGGUACACCUACCUGGGUUAUGCAGUUACUGCCGGACACUUUUCUCAUGUGUCCACCACCGAUGUGGUAGGAGGUGCCCCUCAGGACGAAGGCAUUGGGAAGGUUUAUAUUUUUAGAGCUGACCGAAGAUCAGGCACCUUAAUUAAGAUUUUUCAGGCAUCAGGUAAAAAGAUGGGCUCUUACUUCGGCUCCUCCUUAUGUGCAGUUGACCUGAACGUGGACGGCCUCUCUGACCUGCUCGUGGGGGCCCCCAUGUUUUCUGAGAUCAGGGACGAAGGGCAGGUCACUGUCUACAUCAACAGAGGAAACGGAGCCCUGGAGGAGCAGCUGGCCCUGAGUGGGGAUGGCGCCUACAAUGCACACUUUGGGGAGAGCAUCGCCAACCUGGGCGACCUCGAUGAUGACGGGUUCCCAGAUGUGGCCAUUGGCGCACCCAAGGAGGAUGACUUUUCAGGAGCGGUGUACAUCUAUCACGGUGAUGCCGGUGGGAUGGUCCCUCAGUACUCCAUGAAACUUUCUGGGCGGAAGAUAAGUCCGGGUCUGCGGAUGUUUGGUCAGUCCAUAUCAGGAGGCAUUGAUAUGGAUGGAAAUGGCUAUCCCGAUGUAACUAUUGGAGCUUUCAUGUCGGACAGUGUGGUUCUCCUAAGAGUCCUGGGCUCCAAAGGAAAGAACACAGGCCAGAAGCCGGACUUCAUCCCUGGCUCCAUUGAUGCCCAGCUCUGGGAAGAUGCUGGGCCCCAGUGUCUUCAGCGGAGAGUGCAGGACGUCAUCAGCCCCAUCGUGUUCGAGGCCGCCUACAGCCUGGGCGAGCAUGUGAUGGGAGAGGAGGAAAGGGAGCUGCCGGCCCUGACCCCCGUGCUCCGCUGGAAAAAGGGCCAAAAGAUUGCCCAGAAGAAUCAGACUGUGUUUGAAAGGAAUUGCCGAUCUGAGGACUGUGCUGCCGACCUGCAGCUUCAGGGUCACCUGUUACUCUCCAGUGUUGAUGACAGAACACCAUAUCUAGCUCUGGGGGCUGUGAAGAAUAUCUCCCUAAACAUUUCCAUCUCCAACCUCGGGGACGAUGCCUAUGAUGCCAACGUGUCCUUCAAUGUUUCCCGGGAGCUCUUCUUCAUCAACAUGUGGCAGAAGGAGGAAAUGGGCAUUUCCUGUGAACUGCUGGAAUCAGACUUCCUCAAAUGCAGUGUGGGAUUCCCUUUCAUGAGGUCAAAGUCGAAGUAUGAAUUCAGCGUGAUCUUUGAUACAAGCCACCUGUCUGGGGAAGAGGAAGUUCUCAGCUUCAUCGUUACUGCUCUGAGCGGCAACAUGGAGCGCUCUGAGUCCCUGCACGACAACACCCUCACGCUGACGGUGCCGCUGAUGCACGAGGUGGACACAUCCAUCACUGGAAUCAUGUCUCCAACCUCCUUUGUGUACGGCGAGUCUGUGGACGCAUCCAACUUCAUUCAGCUGGAAGACCUGGAGUGUCAUUUCCAGCCUCUCAAUGUCACCCUUCAGGUCUAUAACACUGGGCCAAGCACCCUUCCUGGGUCAUCUGUCAGCAUCUCUUUCCCCAGUCGCCUGUCACCUGGAGGAGCUGAGAUGUUUCAUGUGCAGGAGAUGGUGGUGGGCCAGGAGAAGGGAAACUGUUCUUUCCAGAAAAACCCAACCCCCUGUAUCAUCCCUCAAGAACCAGAAAAUAUCUUCCAUACAAUAUUUGCUUUUUUCACAAAGUCGGGAAGAAAAGUCUUGGACUGCGAAAAGCCAGGAAUUUCUUGCCUAACAAUGCACUGUAAUCUUAGUGCGCUGGCUAAAGAAGAAAGUCGUACUAUAGACAUUUACAUGCUGCUGAACACAGAAAUACUGAAGAAGGACAGUUCAUCUGUCAUCCAGUUCAUGACCCGCGCCAAGGUGAAGGUGGACCCUGCCCUGAGGGUGGUGGAGGUAGCCAGUGGGAACUCAGAGGAGAUGACGGUGGUCUUCGAGGCGUUGCACAAUCUGGAGCCCCGAGGCUACGUCGUGGGGUGGAUCAUUGCCAUCAGCUUGCUGGUGGGAAUCCUCAUCUUCCUGCUGCUGGCUGUGCUGCUCUGGAAGAUGGGCUUCUUUCGCAGAAGGUACAAAGAAAUUAUUGAAGCUGAGAAGAACCGUAAAGAGAAUGAAGACAGUUGGGACUGGGUCCAGAAAAACCAGUGACCUGCCACCCCAACCCACCCCGGUCAUGUGGCCCAGUGGUUCGCCUGUCUUCCUGAUCUUUGUAUCUUCCAUAUUUGGAAGAAAGAAUCUUCUCCAGAUUUUUCGGAGGCCCCACGAUGCUGUUCUCGUCCUCGUUCUCUCAAGCCCAGGUGCCAACCUGAGGCAGUCACUUCGGCCAGGUCACCUGACUGGAACCACCACCACUUCCUUUUCCAGCUGAACUCGGAACUUUGGAAAGCCGGCUGCAGAGCCAGGCGAUAUUUAUGGAUGCAACAUGCGUGGUCAACCCUCAGGGGAAAACUGUUACCUAAAAGUAUUUUUAUAAAUAUAAGCCUUUUAUACUGAUUAUGUCUUUAUAUUUGUAUCGAUGUUUUAUUAUUUCUAUUAAAUGGUUAUAUAGUUCACUCAAGCACUGAUAUCUGGCCUGAAAUCUUGGAAAUACUUGUAUAUUCAUACAAAUGUUAAAGGAUAAAGAUCUUACUGUACUUUGGAACUUGCUGUUAAAGAAGACUCUCAGAUGAAAUCAUCUGAAAAAACCUCACGUGAUGAAUCCACCCAGCGGGUGGUGCUGUAUAUCAGCUGUGGUUUGGGGCUGAGCCCGAAGGCAUCUCACAUCUCUGUUGCCUGGAGUCAAGUGUGGAAUAAUGUGGUAAAGAACCAAGAGAGUUUUUUCAUCUGUACCGUUCAUUGGAAGAUUCCCAGCAGGAAUUUGGAUGGAAAAACCUGAUUCUUGAGGUCUGUUCUGCAUCACCUUAUAGAGCAGACACUUCACCCUCCUUCCACUUAAAUUAAGACAUGAAAGCUUGGAGCAAUGCCAUUUCAUCACUGGUAAACCUCAGAAUGGCAUCUCAUCCUGGACAUCAUGCAUCAGAGUCCGCACACCACCGGGACUGAAUUGGUGCCCACCAAGCAGAGACUUGUGUCUGAGUGCUGUGAUGUGUUAUCUUUUCAUGUUAAUUUGAGUACAGAGGUCUCCAUUGUCCCCGUCACUCUUGCUGUCCCAGCUAAUGGUAAUUGCAGUGUCCUUCCCAGAGAUGACCAUUCAACCUGUCCUUAUUUUUUUUAAUCAUGUCUUAGGUGGAGUUCUUAAGAAGUGGACCCUGAGACAAGGAUUUUCAUGCAGUAACUUAUUAAGGAAGUAUCCCCAGGGCACACCAGUAAGGACACGAGGGAAGCAGGACACGGAAGGGGAGGAAGACAGGUAAGGGAGCCAUUUCAGGGCAGGUCCCGUGCAGGGGGUCUUCAGCCUGAUCCUGCAGGGGGGCUCUGGAGGGUAAGUUAUGCCUCAGAGUUGUCCCAACCUGGGGCACGGGAGCUGAGCUUUCAUAGUCUUGUACCCAGGGGAGAUGUAAACUUUCUGCUUUCACUUCCUGCCAGCAAAAUAGCCCCAGUAGCUCAGGAGCGGUCCUCAAAAAGAGGGCUGCACCCCCAACCUGGGAAGCGCACAGAAAUAAUGCAAAAGAAAUGAUGCAAAGGGAUCUGGGCAUAGCACUGACGUCCUCGCCUAUCCCCUGUACAGGUGAAUGCUGAGUUAUGGCCUUCGCUAUCCAAGCUCUCUGUUUGACAGUGUUUAUUACCAGACGCACAGUGCUGUCCAGGUUUGAGUGCAGUGUGAUUCUCUGAAACGGCAAGGUGGUGACGGAUGUAGCAAGUUCAACACCAUGCCUGGCCCGUAGUGAACAUUCAAUAACCAUGAGCAGCCCUGGCUGCUGUUACCGCUGCUGGAAAACCAUCUGGUACAGGGGAAAACGUGCCUAAGAGCAGGGUCUGACAGAGUCCUUAGUCACUUAUCACAGCCUGCUCAAGCCCCGGGUACAAACAGAUGGCAUCAGAUGAGAAUGAAACAAAAAACAAGACCAGGCAUCUUUCUCAUAGGGCCUUGUUGACUGGGAGCUAAGAUGUGCGGGGGCCUGUGAGUAUUGUUGAAAAGACACAGAACUCAACUUCAGGGGAGAUAGGUUUUUCCAGACACAUAGUUGGCUAAUGCUUGCAAAGAUAUCUAAAGUUUUGGCAAAAUUAUGAGGGUGCUGGGCGGUUGCAAACCUGGCAGGGAGCACACGUGUCUUUUCGUUUCUUACGCAGUUGACUCUGACACAGGAAGAUACAGAAUGCAUCAUGCUCCCCUUCCAGUUCUCACUCAGGGUUCACCUCUGACAGAUGUGUAUGGGGCCCCUGCUGUGCGUCAGACCCUGUGCUAAGUGCCGGGGGUUCCCCAGUGAACACCACCCCACAUUUUGCCCCAGGGGAGGCAGAUCUUCCCACAGUGGCGCUCAGAGCGUGAAUUCCUUUACGAGACCUCAUCUGCAGCCUUCCUUGGACGGACUUCUGCUUGUUGUUUCAUGUUGUCCUUUAAUAAAUCAUUUAGGAUUCUUAGGUGGUAGGCCUGGGACAGCUCCAUCAGCGGCUUUGGCCAAAUGCACAAAUAGCCACAGCCAGCCUCCUGCAAGGGGUGCAGACGCAUGGGAGACAGUGUAGCAGGAUAACUGGCGGGCACGCGGUUCUGCCAGCCAGAGGGGAAAGCCUCACCGGGGGAGGGGCAGUCUCCAUAGCCAGUCUCAAAACUGGGAUCCAUGUGGUUCUGAGUGGUAGGCACACGAGUGGUCACAUACCCAGGAGAUUACUAAGACUAAAUAGGGCAGUUUUUAAGAAAAUCUCGCUUGGCCUCCACUGGAGGAAAUACUGGCAGCCCCUCUGGAACCUGUUUGGGGAGGAUGGUACAUCUGCUUAUCUCCUGAUGCUGAGUAGGCGGGGCAGCAGGGACUGGGGAGCUGACCAUUUAGCACAGAGAUAGAGAGGGAAGUUGAGCAGGUUGUCAGCGCUCUCAGCUUGGCCAAUUCACCAGCUCCAUCCAGUUCAGAAGCCCUCAGUAGGCUCUCGGGGGAAGCAGACAGGAUGGGUUGAUGUGUCUUUGUUCCUUCUCCAGAGGGUUCUUUUAAAAUUCCACAGUGCCUUCCAAUUUCCAUCUUUCCUGCUUCUGUGGGUUCACUGUGGAAUGCUAUCUGAUGUUCUCUUGCACAGCAUUAUUUAAGUCUGCUUCAGCUUUUUGGUUGUGUAUUCACUAGGGUUAUAAUCAACUGUCAGAAGGAUUGAGGUGCUUUUUAAAUAUGAAGAACGGACCUUUGUAGAAAUUAAGUGAAAUAAUGCUCCCUUUUCAAAAAUGAUUCACCUAUGCUCAGUUUACAUGGGACUCAGGAGUUUGGAACAUCGCCUAAGUGAGCCCUGGACCUGUCGCAGAGAAGAGGCCAUGAGGUUCAGGAACGAGGGGACACUGGCAGGAGUGAGUGGGUCCAGUGGCUUUACGGUGACUGACAGGCACACGGCCAGAAUCACUUGCUACUGAGGUCACUGAGGCUUUCUCAGUCAAUUCUUCAGGAAACUUCCGUCAGCAUUCUGAAGUUGGGUAAGCUUUGUAGAAAAUCUGAUGGAAAGUCCUCCUUCACCAAAUCAUAUGCAACCUUCAGCCCUGGAGCCAGAGGCAAGGAGGUUCAAAACAAAACCAGCGGGCCUCCUGGAAACAUCAGGGACCUGUUUUCAAUGUGGAUGUGUAGCAGAUCCCUUAGGUGGUUGUGAUGGGUGCUGAUAUGCUACCUGUGGAACCGUAGCAAUGUCAUUUUUAAAAAAGGUUAUUCUACUUUUAUUUUUGGAUAAGGCAUCAUGGCAGGGCAACACAGUUACACUCAUGUUACGUGUAAAACCUACACCUGAUGAAACCUGCACCUAAUUCAAACUUCCCGAAAUGUAGAGGCAAAGCAAAGGAUUGGUAUUUGGGGGAAAUGGCCUUUUAGCAGAUAAAAGGCAGAAAAUGAGCGUCCCUUAGAAAUGCUCCAAGUAUGCGGUGUUUUAGUCCAUGUGUUGUUUUGCUAUAUAGAGCAAGAAUAUACACAGUGGAGAAUAUGUUCUGAAGCAAAGAAUGGCUGAAGGGUUAGGAUACAAAGGCAGUAGGGCCAAAAUGAACCUUCUAGAAUGUCUUCUGAUUUUCAGCAUGUGAGGGGGAUAAUGAACAAAUGUCCCACGUGAUGCAAUGCUUUGUAGAUUUCAGACUGUGUUAAGGUUUUUUCAACUUCUAAUAUGCACGGUGUGAUCAGCAGAGUAAGUUUAAAAGCUUUAAGAGUGUGAUUAAUUGCAUGGCAGGCACCCACGCUAACUUCACUUCCAGAACUUGAUUGAUGCAUCCAUGUACGUUUCCGUUGAGGAAUUUCAGUGGGAAUUCACAAAGUCACAUGUAUUCAAGUCUGUGCAGUCACUUCUAAUUCACUUGCACUGUUUGGGAAAUGCAGGUUUACAAAAGUACGUGUUUGGAAUAAAAAAAAUGGCUACAAAUGA